AAUGGGAUAACCCAAUCAGAAGGCUGCACCUGUUAAAGCAAGAGAUCCUAUGGACAUUCAAUUAGAUCUAAGAAUGACAUAGAAACGUCUAGAAUCUGAAUCAAAAAGAAGUUUAAAAGAAUAAGAUAAGAAUAUUGCAAAGGCAAAAGAGGCUUUAAAAAAAAAUAAUGAAGAAGGAGCUAAGCUAUUUUUAUAAACAGCUAUGGCAAAGAAAUAGGAGAGUGAAAAUUUAUAAAAAAUGGCAACAAGGAUUUAAUUUGUGGAAUCACAAGUAAAAAGUUCAUAAGCCAAUGCUGAUGUAUAAAUAAAAUUUAUAAGUAAUUUAGAUGAUGUAAUAAUUGAAUGUUGUUACACCAAUUAUGUAAUAAUAUGCAAAUACUAUGUCAGUUGAAUAAUUAUAUUAAAAUAUUAAUCAAUUUGAUAGAGCUUUAGAUGACAUUAUGGUAUAAGGUAAAGUAGUUGAUUCAAUGAUGAAUAAAAAUUCAAAUGAUUUUUAAACAAACAUGGCAGUCGAUUAGAUGAUGUAAUAAUUAAAGAAAGAAGAAGCAUUAAAAUUAUAAGAGCUUUAACCAUCAAGUAUAAAUUUGUUUAAUAUAAUUAUUAGAUAUGUAAUUUCAACAAUUACAAUAAUAGUAAUAGUAACCUUAAUAUCAAAACCAAUAGCAAUAUCAAUAAUAGAAAUAUUGAUUU